AUGUACUCCAGUCUGAUGCCGUCUAGUUCAAAUGGGUACCACGGUUACCAUCAGCCUCAGUACCACCAUCAAUACCACCAACAACAGCAUCAAAACCCGCAUCAUGCUCAUUCUGGAGCAUUUCAGAUUGGGGCGGCAGCAAGUGCUCCGGUCAUUAAUGUGCACAAUUAUCAUUUUCACACCGGACCAGUGAAUAAUCAGGUAGGUACAUUUUUACAGAAAAUAUUAUUGAACCUUCUCAAUUUCUUUUGUUUCAGGUCAUAGAACAACAUUAUAGUCAUCACAACCAUCUGAAUCAAAUGCAUUCUCAACCUCAUCAUCCGAAUUUCGAAGAAAACAAUCAGAAUAUGGAUCAGGCCCCAUUUGAUUUCCAACCUUCUCCGGAUCCCUUUGAAGUGUAUCCAACUGGAGUCGAACCAACUUCUGGAGCACAAUUUCAGGACGAGACAAAAGUGUUCAUUCCUUCGCCGGCUGCUUCCGUCUCCUCGUUCUCAUUCUCAAGCGAACAGUCGUCUGGAAGAGACGAAGAGGAUCCGAGGAUUCCGCUGAAAGAUCGAGGAAGAGUUUAUCACCCGCAGAGCACGGAGAAGCCGAAGAAAGUGGCCAGUAAACGAAGGGACAAGGCCACGUUGGACAGGCUCCGAGUGCACAAAUGUUUGUAUGCCGGUGAGUUUUAAUGGAUGGCAAAAAUAUAUGAAACGGUCCUUAAAUUCACUAGAGCGGCGCCCAAAAACGGUAGUUUGUGUUUCUCAAAGUCUGACGAAAAUUCUUUGAAGACUUCUGUGACGUCUCCAGUAUUAUCUUUUAUGUAAUAAAUUUAUUUUGCAGGUUGCGGUAAAGUCUACACAAAAAGCUCUCACCUGACCGCCCACGAACGUGUUCACAGCGGUAAGUGUGCUCGAGUGGAGCUCUGAGUCGAAACAGUAAUCCAUCAUGUUUGGGUCUUUGUCGGUGUCGGUGCAAUGCGAUACUUCCGCGCGCAAACAUUUUUAUGUUUGUGUAUAAUGUGUUGCGGGGGGCGUUCGGAAGUCCAAUUAGAUACAGUAAUCCAUCACUGAUACUCUUGCGGUCUUUUAUCAAAUAUUUGACGUCCCGGGCACUUCACCACUUUUUUGCUUGUCUCGUCGGGCGGUCUCUUUCAUCACUCUCCGCUGAUUACAGGCGAGAAACCGUACCCAUGCGAGUGGCCGGGAUGCAGUUGGCGAUUCGCCCGAUCCGAUGAGCUCACCCGUCACUACCGGAAACACACUGGCGCCAAACCGUUCUCGUGUAGGGAAUGUGCUCGCAAAUUCUCGCGCAGUGACCAUUUACAACUUCACAUGAAACGACACGAGCCGGGAAAUGAGAUGAUGGAGCCGAUGGAGUUCAAAGAGUUUAUGUCUUUCGCCUAG